AGAUAACUUCGUUCAUGCGCUAAUAUGAACUCUAAAUGUCUAGGAAGAACAUAUAUAAAGCCUGACAGGCUUUUUACCCUCAUAACGUACAAUCCUUGCCUAGAAGUCGAGUAAGAGAAAAGUUCACUUACACAACAUUAUCAAGAGUAUGUUCUCCAAAACUACAACCUUUUUCUUCAUAAUUUUCAUUGUCUUCAUGGCAAUGAAUGUAGAAUCAACUUACAGAAAACCACCCUUUAACGGUUCGAUUUUUGGGAAACGCGGUGCAGCUGUUGAGUAUGAAGCCACUAAAGCUCUUUCCGCCAUGUGUGAAAUUGCUAGUGAAGCUUGCCAAGCGUGGUUUCCAAUCCAAGAAAAGAAGUAAUGAUUAUCUUCUACAUUUUUGCCAUUGACAUAUUUUUUCAAUCUGUAUUAGAAUCAAUCAUAGAAUCAUGUAUAGAAUAAAAGCCUUAUAAUUAAGAACUGUUUUUGAAUUUUAAUCAAAAAAUUAUAAACAAAGUCCUGUCCUCAAAUUCAGAGCUUUUGCGUGCUGAAAAUUUUACGUCGUUCUGUAAUCCAUACAUAUUUCCCACCAGCAAUGUAAUAUUAUAAAUCAGAGUAUCUAGGGCGUGGCAAAGGUAGCACUCGUCACGGGAGAAAAUUAUCCGCCUAUUGGAUAAAUUUAAGGUCGAAAAUAAUUCCAACCUGCACAACUCAGGCGUAUUAUCUGUUGAUAUUAUUGUUUUCCUU